CAGCAACUGCCAUAUCAAAAAGCACAACUCCAACAUGACUCACUACCCUGUCUACAUAAUCCGAACCCAUUUGGCAAUGCCAGACCCCGACCUUCCUUCUCCGCGCUAUCACACUGCGAUUUUCAUUGAAACAGACCCAGUGACUGGCUCUGGAACCAUCCAUGAAGUGACCGGGGAUAUCACCUCACCAGAGGGGAUGUACUACGAAUCUAAACUCGCCCCUCGACCAGAGUCCGUCGACAACUUCUUUUCUCGAACACUGCUUGGUAUGACGGAAGCAGCACACUAUCCCAACUCUUGGGACAAGGUUCUACGAGAUAUUCCAGCUCCCCCACAACAAAAGGCAUUCAACGUUAAACGAAUGAAGACUGAGCCUUUCAAGAGGCUGUCGCCUCUAGAGUUCUAUGAGGCCGGUGAGGAAAGACGACCGUUGGUGAAGUGCACUGAGUGGGUGGUUGACAAGGCGAUUCCGGCGCUGAGGAAGGCUGGCCUUUUGCAAUCAUCAAUUUCUGUAUGAGUUUGCCAGGAUGCGCGAGCUUGUGCCCAAACUAUAGAUGUCAAGGAAUGAUGUAUACAAUCACAACAUCAACUAUUUUGGUUUCAUACUCGCCUACCGGAAAUAUGGGGCUGAUGUUUGGAGGAAUGGGCAUGGAGAUCGAUCAGUGCUCUUCCUGGGUGAGGGUAGAGGGUAAAUACAGGGAGUAUUCCCUCAAAUAUCUAUAUCCAUCUCUAUCGAUUACUUGGGGAAAUGUUAAAGCCCCUUGAUGGUUCACAAUUUCGGCAGUCUUCUAUCUGAAUGGUAACUCAUGCUUCAAAUCAUCGUGGUCUACCGGGACAGACGCCUUGAGAGAAUAGAGUUUUGAUGCAUGAAACUGAUAUCAUGCCGCCUCGAUGCGAUUAAAAUCAUCAGGCACCUUCCAACCAUGUGCUUGACAAGCUCGCCUGUAGGCACUCACAGCUUCAC